AUGUCCGACCAGGAUCGACCCCAGGAUCCCGGCCUGCCCCCACAGCCCAGGGCCAUCCUCCGCGGCCACAAGGCCCAGGUUCACGCCCAGGCCUUCAUCAGGUCCAACCAGCGCCUUCUGACCGGCGAUGCCGACGGCUUCGUGGUCGCCUGGGAUCUGGCCACCAUGAGACCCAGGGCUGUAUGGCAGGCCCACAUGGGUGCUAUCCUGGGAAUCGCGGGUUGGGCAUCCGACAAGAUCAUCACCCACGGGAGGGACAACAAGCUCAUCGUCUGGAAGAUGACGCUCGAGGACGAGCCUGCUCUGAGUUCAACGCUGCCCCUGGAUGUGGCGACCGAGCCCAGGCCCAAGCCUUGGAUGCUACACCUGCUCCAAGUAAACACCAUGAACUUCUGCGCGUUCGCCUGCUGUGCCACAGCGCCAUUCACGCUGCCAACGGCAUCAGCCACGCCACCCUCCUCAUCUGAGAACACGCCAGAUCCCGGCUCAGAGUUGUUCGUUGCCGUUCCUAACACGCUGGCCUCCGAGGCUGUCGAUAUAUAUAGUCUCCCAUCGCAGACGCGCAUCCACACUGUCAGGCUGGGGCAGGAAAACGGCAUGGCCAUGGCUCUAGCUCUUGUUUGGCUACACGAUGUGCUCGCUUUGGUUGCUGGCUAUGAGAACGGGUUGGCAGUUGUCGCACAGCUUGACCCCGGCGGCGGUGGCUCCUGGGAAACCACAUACCGCAACAAAAGCCACAGCCAGCCUAUCCUCUCACUUGACGUCGCACCGGAUCGAGAGUAUUUCCUGACCACAGGCGCUGACGCCACCAUCGCAAAACAUCCUCUCCUUCCGCAAGCGCCACUCGUCCCAGACUCGGCGCAAGACGCGUCUGAGACCUUUCCCCCAGAUGCCGGUCCCAAGGGCAUGCCUCCCAGAGGAGAAGAGGACCCAGAAUCAGGCAUAGAAAAGAAGCAGCCAAGCUCCGCCCUCGCCGUAGCCCUGAGCAGCCAGGCAUCGACUGGUCGCCCAGCUCCUCUCGGUACACCUGAGAUCAGGACUCGGCCUAUCAAGGUCAUCGAUACAAAGCACUCUGGUCAACAGGGUAUCAGGAUCAGAUCUGACGGGCGUGUCUUUGCCACUGCAGGCUGGGACUCCAAGACACGCGUGUACUCAACCAAGUCAAUGCGCGAAGUCGCCGUCCUAAAAUGGCACGCGGUUGGUUGUUUCACUGUAGCAUUCGCAGACCUCACUGCCCACGACUCUUUUACCGACUCAAAGACAAAGACCAAGCCAGCUGAUGAAGACGCUGCUUCCAACACAAGGGUUGCCCCGCGGCUACUCAAGAUGACGGUCAAGGAGAGGAGACUCAAACGAGCCACAAAUGCACACUGGCUGGCAGUCGGGAGCAAGGACGGCAAGGUGAGCUUGUGGGACGUGUUCUGA